AUGUCAAACAAAUUAAAUAAACAAAUUUCAACUGAAAUAUCAGAAUGUUAUUUAAAAGAAAAACCACAACAGUCUUUCAAAAAAAGUAAUGAAAUUAAAAUGUCCAAUGAAUUAAUUAACAAAAUUUCAAAUGAAAUAUCAAAUUGUUAUUUAAAAGAAAAACCACAACAAGCUAAAAAAGAAACUAAAAAGAAAUCAAUUCGUUCACUACCAACUGAUUUACCACCAUUGAAAUCUAUUACACCAUUAAAAAGUUGGAUAUUCCUUCAAUGUAGACAAAUGGACGCAAAUGGUAAUCCACUAUGUUGUGGAGUUUCUGGUAGAUAUACACAACCGGGUACUCAAUGUAUUCUAUGGCAAAUCGAUGAAAAUGAUCCAAGUCAACUUUGGCAAAUAUCAAAGGAUGGUCAUUUAGUAUCUCUUUUAGCUGGUAACUAUGUGAUGGAUUACAAUAAUGAUGGUACCAAUUUAGCAAUUGCCAAUGGUUGGAAUAAUUAUACAAGUCAAAUUUGGACCUACAAUUCAAGUACCGGACAAAUUGAAAAUUCAAAUUACCCAAAUACAUGUCUAGGAAUAAAAGGAGCAUUCAAUGAACCAAUCACUCCAACGAAUGGCACUGAAUUGGUUAUUGAUCAGCCAAUUGAUAAUAAUAACCUUUGCUUUCAAUGGGAUUUGGUACCUUCAUAUCCAUUGAAUACCAUUUUAACAAGUCCUCCACAAGCAUUCCCUACAUUCCCUGGAGAUCAAAAUACAGCAUUCAUUGAAAUUAGUCAAUAUCUUAGCAAUGUUGAUGAUAUUAGAAGUCAGUAUACAAAUCUUUCAGUGUCAUUACCAUUUUUCCAAUCGCAAAUGUCAGCAAUGAGUUAUCCAAGUUAUUUAUCUCAUGAAGAGUUUGAUUUUGUUAGAGAUCAAUUAUCUACAGAAUUCAAUUAUGCUCAAGAAAUUAUCAAUUUAAUUGGCAAUUAUGAAUCGUUCCAUAACGAAUUAUUUGCUGAUAACUCUGCAAGAUUAAAUCAAUUAGCAACACUUUGCCAAUUGGAAAUAGGUUCAGAUAUUAAUGCAAUGGGUUCUGUAAUUCAAGUAUUUAGUGGUAUGAUGUAUUCAAUUUUAGAGGCAUUACCAGGUGUUGGCCCUAUUCUUGGAAAUGUAUUACAGACAGCGGUCAAUAUUGGUGUUGCUGCUUCCGAUGGUCAUAGUACAAUUCAACCUGAUCCAUUCCAAGUUGCAUUAUCUAAUCUAUGGGAUACCCUAAGUACAAAUUAUGAAGCACUUUUAUCCAACGUAUCCAAUAUGGAAACAAUGUUACUUCAAGAUUGGGGAAUGAUGGUAACAACUCAUGGUUUAAUUGAAACGUUAAGUGGCCCAAACUCACUUGCUUGGCAAUCGUCAAUGACUGGUGACUUAAUUUCAGCCGCUGUACCAGGUUAUGAAAUUUCACUACUUCAAAUUUUAAUGCCAUCAAAAUAUCAAAUCUAUCGUUAUGAUCUUGCUAAUAAUGGUAAUGUCGGAUUGCCAGAUGAUAUUCCAUCAUCAUGUCUAUGGACUGAUCCAAAUGAUAGUAAUAUUACCUAUUUCAUUGCCGAUAAUGAAACUACAAAAGUUUAUCCAGACGAUUCUUUAAUGUCAUUGAUUUGGGGUAAUGGUGUUUCAGAACAAGAAUUUUUCUUAUCAGCCAAUGGUUGGAAUUUUUGUAUGUCUUUACUCAAUGAUAAUAUUGGUUCAGGUGCUCCAACAAUUUCAAAUAAUACUUCAACAGCUUUAAAUUUUAAAAUUCAAUUUAGUCCAACUCAAAUCUACAAUUAUGAUGUCCCAACUCAUUCAUCGAAUUUUACAACUGAAUUUGAUAAUACUGCCAUUGAAAAUAGUUAUUAUCAAAUAACCAUUUAUGAUAAUACUAAUAGUUGGGUUGCAUCUAUAUCAGUUCGUGUUGAUAUCUUUGUAAUGAGAGGUGCUGAUGUUUCUGUACUUAGUAGUUCUUGUGCUGAUGGUUAUUAUUUAGGUACUCCAAAUUGUCUUCAAGGUUCAUUUGCCCAUAGUUUUACUGGUUCAAUUAAUAUCCCAAUUUUUGAAAAUUAA